UUUCUGAUGCAAUAUUCGUCCUAUAAAUUGAGCACAGUUAAUGAACAGCAUCUCUAACAGUUCUAUUUGUUAACUAAUAAUUUUGCUUCUGAUAGUAGAACGUAUUCGAUUUAUAAUUGAUUUGAAGAAGAUUCUGUUAAGAUGGAAUUGGAUUUUAUUUAUAAUAUAUUUAACUGGAUUAUUAUAUCUGCUGCAAUCUUCAUUUUUCUGUGUGUAUAUGUCAACAGAUAUUUUAACUUUUGGGAGAAGCAUGGAAUUCCUAGCCCCACAACCAACAUUUGGUCUUUCUUAACAGGACUAUAUCAAUUUAUAAAUAAGCCAUUGCAUUUGUUGCAAGUACAGACUUAUAACAAAUGUGGCCGAAUAUAUGGCAUUUUCUUCGGUUUAAAACCGCAACUUGUCGUCGCAGAUCCUCAAAUUGUUAAGAAUAUAUUAGUUAAAGAUUUUAACAUGUUUCAUAAUAGAAUGAAAUUUAAAAUUGGAAAUCCAGUGUUCGACAACAUGUUGAGUGUUCUAGCAGAUGAAGAUUGGAAAAGAAUUCGAUGUAUUAUGAGCCCAACUUUUACUAGUAGCAGGAUGAGAAAAAUGGCAUAUUUGAUAAGAGAAUGUGCAGAGAAAUUCACAGAGAAUUUGAAAAAUAAGGUUCCAAUUAAUGAAAAUCAGACCUUGGAUUGUAAAAGUUAUUUGAGUACUUAUCCUAUUGAUGUAAUCGCUUCCACUGCAUUUGGAACAAAACUGAAUUCUUUAGAGGAUCCAAAUAACGAAUUUGUUAAUAAAGCACGACAGGCAUCUAAUACAGAUGCUUCUCUUCGUCUUACGCUUUUCUUUUUAUUUCCGAAGUUAAUAAGAUUUUUGAAAGUAGACAUUUUUGGUGGUGCAUUCGACUUUUUUCAACAAUUUGCUUUGCAUGUUGUUAAACGACGCGAAGAAGAAAAAAUGAAAGCGAACGAUUUUCUUCAAUUAUUAAUGGAUGCUCAGAAAGGCAUCUUAGAAAUUUCCCCAGAAGAUUCUAGUGAAACGAAUGAUAAAGAUGAAUCCAAUUUCAAAACGUUACCAAAACAUAAAACUAUGAGUUUGGAUGAAAUGCUGGCUCAAUGUGUAUUGUUUCUUUUUGCUGGAAUUGAAACAACUACCAACACUUUAGCGUUUGUUGUGUAUUACAUGGCCUUGAAUCCUGAAUGUCAAAACAAGUUAAUUGAAGAAAUAGACGAAGUUAAUAAGAAUAAUAAAGAAAUUAACUUUGAUGUACUUUUUAAAAUGCAAUAUAUGGACGCUGUUGUCAACGAAUCGUUCAGAAAGGAACCAAUUGGAAUACAAUUAAUGAGAGAAUGCACAGAGGAAUAUGAAAUAUCGGAAAUAGGCUUUAAGAUACCCAAAGGAAUGACUAUAGCUAUUCCUAUUUAUUCAAUGCAUCACGACAAAGAAUUUUAUCCAAAUCCAGAAAAAUUCGAUCCAGAAAGAUUUCUGCCCGAAAAUCGACAUUCUAUUUUACCCUAUACUUAUCUUCCGUUUGGAGAGGGACCGAGAAAUUGCAUUGGCAUGCGAUUCGCCAUUAUGGUAGUAAAAAUGUUUAUUUUCCAUUUGUUCCGUGAUUUUCGAGUCCAUGCUACGGAAGAAACAAAGAAACCUUUGGAAUUUUUUCGAGGGCAAGGUCUAAUUCAACCGAAGAAAGUAAUCGUCGAGUUAGAAAGAAGAAAAUAAAUUUGUAAUUUCGAAAAAAAUUUUCAAUAAAAUUUAAUC